GCUCUCGAAAGAGCAAGAAGAAAUCCAAAUCCAGAAGAAAGAGAACAGAGUCUGAAUCUUCCUCGUCUACAUCCGGUGGCUCUACUGUCUCAGGCCACAGCCGCUCAAGUGUGAAGAAGGGCCCGGCUCCAGAAGAGGAGGAGGCUGGGCAGGGGCGCCGGCAAUCUCGGAAGGAGGAGAAGAAGCGCAAGAAGGAGGUGGACAGCCUGAUGAUGCGGUACCUGUACCGGCCAGAGAGCGACUAGUGCACCCCACCAGCUACUGGAAGUCCCUUGCCCCUGACCGGUCAGAUGAUGAGCACGACCCUCUCGACAGCACCUCCAGACCCCGAUACACCCACAACUAUCUGAGUGACAGCGACACAGAGGCCAAGCAGACAGAGACCAACGCCUAGCCCAGGGAGUGAUGUUAUGCCCCUCCUACCCAGGGCCCACUGCUGCCAUGGCACACGGGGCACGGGUCUCCCCCACCGGACUGCGGAUCUGCAUGGGAAACACCUGACCCUCUUCGGUCAGGACUCUUCCCAGGCUGUGGGUAUCUGACGUCUCCACAUGGAAGAGGUGGAGGGAAGAGCAGAAAAGAGAACUUUCUGCUCCUGCCUUGGGCCACCAUGGGUGGCAGGUGGCUUGGCACUGCGUGGAGCCAGCAUGUUGACCUGCAUCUCAGCCCCCUGCUCAGGGACGGUGGACAGAUUGCCUACUGGGACAUUCUCGGGUUGCUGGGUCCACGGGGAGGCGUUUAGGGUGGGAACAGCAAUUCCUUCCCCCUGGCUUGGGGUGAGGGCUUUUUCUUCUCAGUGCCUGCUGUCUUUUUACUUUAAUUUAAAUACCCAACCUCUCCAUCAUCAAAGCUGCACCCCUGAGAGUGGGAGGGGGCUGCAGCGGCAGCCGGCCCUGCCUCCCCGCAUGGGAGUGACUAGGGGAAUCUCAACCACAUCUUCACUCUUCAGAGAACAGUCCUUUCUCUGUGCAGCUGGAGAGACCGGUGAGCAGAGCUGGGUCCAGGUUCUUAAGAGUCUGCGCGGGGAGGGGCUCUCAGGUGCUUCUGGGUUUGGGUUGAGCAAACCUCCACAGACAGGGCUGCACAUGUACCAGCCAGAACUUCCAGCCCCCACCCCUUUGCCUCAUCAGUGUGUUAAGUGCAAUGACCUAUUUAAGAGUAAACCCAUCCCACCCACGCCAAUUCGGGGCUUAUCCAAGCACUGCCUCCCCUCCGCCUCUGUCCAAGUUGCCUGGAUCACAAGCUCAACUUGAGAGCGAAGGCCUUGGGUUGAGGGCUUAUGAUCAGAAAGCCUGAGGAUGGAAGUUUUGGUCAGUAACAAUGUGUAUUAGACACACGAGUCCUCACCCUAUGUUCUGAGACUGAGUUAUUUUUCUUCUUCCAGUCGUCCUGCCCCACACACUUAUCCUAGACACGACAACAUGCGGACUGACAGUCCCAGCCCCCACCCUCAAGGUCAUCCCACCAACCCCACCAGCCUUGGGGGCCCAAGGGCAGUGCUGCCUGGUGCCGCUCUCUUCUGCUGUCCCUGCUCCCCUCCUGCAAUUAGUUUGUACUCAUUGGGCUGUGCUCUCUCCCCUGUUUACCUGAUGUAUAGAAAUAAAUGUCCUUUUCCUCCUCG